CAACUAGAAACUUUGCCGUGGGCAGUGCAGAUACACAUGAUUCACUUGCAUAGUUUUGUAAGGUAGUAGCUGGACGCCAUCAUGGUGAAAGUGUUAUUUGCAUGUAUUCUGUUUGUUCUUUUGUCACAGUCUGUAUGUAACGCCGGAUCAUCUGUAAUAUAUACUGAUAACGGUGCCAAUGAUCAGACACUUAUUUACAGUUCUCUUCCCAAAUGGGAGAGAAGAGAAAUGCAGCAAGAAAUCCUGACUUUGUUGGGUCUUCACCAUCGGCCCAAACCCAAGAAUCACCGUAAGCACAACUCAGCGCCACAGUAUCUGAUCGAUCUCUACAAGUCCUUUCUUGACGAAGAGAGCGGAAACUUAAAAGUUGAUCCCGGGAAACUCAAGUCUGAUGGACAGUUGUUCACUCAAGAUGGACUUCGUGCAAUUAAUGAUUCAGACCUAAUAAUGAGUUUCGAGAACAGGAUCCAUCAUCGCUCUCCUCAUCUCCGUCACGAAAGACAUAGAAGGUUUUGGUUUGAUGUCAGUGAGGUGUCACCAGAACAGGAUAUCAUGAAAGCUGAGUUACGGCUUUUCCUGGAUAUUAGCCAGAACCACCACAAAGAGUUUGAGAAUUACACCUUGAAUCUAUCCUUUUUAACAGAAGGGUCAUCUUUUGGGGAAAUUAAAAGUACUGUUGUGGAGACUAAGAAAAUCUCACAUGCAAAAAGUGGAUGGUUAGUGUUCAAUGUGACAGAGCCUAUGGUCAGUUGGGUGGCUUUUCCAGACAAAAACUUAGGGUUGUAUCUAGAUAUGAAAGUUGCUGGUUUAGUAAAUAGCAUAGAUCGGGACAUUGAUCCACAUGAAGUAGGAAUUGUAGGAGCUGAUGGUAAAGAGAAUCGACAGCCUUUUAUGGUUUCAUUUUUUAAGACACCAACUAAUCUGAAUAUAAGACAAAGACGUUCUCCAAGGAGAAGAACCAGCAACCGAGAUCAGCAGAACUGGAGUCCUUAUACUAACACAGGUAUUCCCUUUCACUAUCCAUCCAAACGCAGCUGUCAAAAGAGAACCCUUUUUGUAAGUUUCAGUGAUCUUGGAUGGCAGGACUGGAUAAUUGCUCCUGAUGGUUAUGCAGCAUCCUACUGUCAAGGUGAAUGUGCCUUUCCUCUGAACACCCCCAUGAAUGCCACCAAUCAUGCAAUUGUGCAGACAUUAGUCCAUUUGAUGGACCCAACAAAGGUUCCUCAACCAUGUUGUGCCCCAACAGACUUGUCCCAGAUCAGUAUGCUGUACUUUGACGACAAUCAAAAUGUUGUGCUGAAAAAGUAUCCCAAUAUGGCUGUCAAGUCAUGUGGCUGUCAUUAAUAGCACCAAAAAUUUUUUUUUUCGUUUAUGAAAUUCAAGUCUUGUGGAUACCAUUAAUAACACCAUACUUUGUCUUUAUAUUGCUAUCAAGUCUUAUGGAUAUCUGUAGGAAUAUCAAGUUUAAACUCCAUAUGACUGUAAAGUCUUGUGAACAAAAAAUUUUGAUAAACUCUGUACUGAUGGUAAUGCUCAGGUGUAUGUAAAAGCUUCCCUUUAUUGAAAACUUAAAAUAUUUAUUUCAUCUUUUAAAGGCUAUAAAAAUGUCAUAUUUUCAUCUAUGAAACUGUGAUUAAUAGGUUUCGUGUACAAUAUUAGCCAGGGUGAGAAAUAAAAAAGAAAAAAAGAGAGACCUUAGCUCAGUAAUUGUCUUCCAUAUUGGAUAAUCAAAUUAACCCCAACAAAAAUAUCAUCCGUAGGGUUAAUCACACUAGUACAUAUCCCAGCUUCUUAAUUACUCUUCUUAUAGGAGUUACUUAAAUCACCUUACACAUCACAACUUGUUAAUACCUCUUCUUAUAGGAUGAGCAUUGUACACCCAAAGACCAUUAGCUUAGUAAUACCAUUCCCUUUAGAAUGAAAGCAAUAACACACCCACUACCUAAUGCUGUUAAACUUUUUCCUACAUUUGUCACUUCACGUGUAUCCCACAUUAAUACCUCCUCCCAUAGGGUUACCUUCACAAAAAUCUCAGCUCAGUAAUAUUUUUUGCUAUAAGAUCAAAACAAACUCAUUGAUCCAAGCUCAAUAUGUUUUUCUUUGUACAGGAUUCUCAUUAACCUUCACACAUGUACCUUUUCAGUAAUACCUCCUUUUUCACAAACAGUAAUAACCCACUUAUAGACUUCAACUCUUAAUAGCUCCCUUUACAGAAUGAACACUGAUAUUAACCUACCCAAAUGUCCCAGCUAUGUGAUAUGUUUACAGCAUGUGAAUCACACACUACUUCCCCAAAUAUAAGUUUAAUUAUACAACAAUGUUGAAUGCAAAAUGUUCCACUAAACCACUAAAAAUGUUGUAAAUAAAGUUAUAUUUACAGGUAAGUUAACUCAUCUGAAACUAAAAGAAAUCACUGCAAGGAAUAACAUAAAUCAAAUUUAUGUGAUACCACAAAAUAUUCCAUACAAUUUAAACUGUGGGUGCAUUAUAAAAUUGGCAGUAGAUCCCUUAGCAUGGAUGAUGGGUGGUAGGGUGCUGCUGACUGGCUGCCUUUCCUCUGGUUUAUUGUAGAAAAUUAGAAACAGCAGCAGAUAGCCCUAAUAGAUUUGUCAUAAAUACAAAAAAUAUUUGAAAAUCAUUAUUUUCAGAAAAUCAUAUGUGUACGUGUGCCCCAAAAAAAUAUAAUUUAAGAUUUAUUGCCAGUUUAAAUUUUAAUUCUAAAUUCUGUUUGCUCAGAUUUAUAUUAAUUCUUUUUUAAUUACUUCUCUAUUUCAUAGCUACUAAUUAAAUGUCACCUGGAUAGGUUGAUGCUUUGUGUUCGUAUGGUGAUGUACAGUCAUUACUUACAUGUUAUUAAGUCAUGUGUCUGUUGUGAUGUAGACAACAGUUGGAAUUUAAUGCUUUAGUUUAAGCAAAUAUUUCAUGCUAGUAUUUUGAACUUGUAAUAAAACUGUGGUUCAGAAAUCAACAGAAAAUACACUGUUGAUGUCAUGUUUAAAAUAUAUCUGUGUUCCAAGUUACUUUUCUAACCUCCUACCGAUUGGUUUUGGCACAAUUAUACAACUCACUGUGAUUGUUUACAGUCUGGAGUCAAAUUAUGCAAAAUCUGAUUUCUGGCUAACACACUACUGCAUUUACAAGAGAAAGAUAAAAUAGUGUGUGCUACUUUUGAGGAAUAUAAAGAUUUUAGUGGUAUAUUUGACACUGUGCCAUUAUUUUCAUUGUUUGUGUAACCCUUUUUGCUUGUAAUAUCAUUGUGCAGCAGCAAUUAAUAAUGUAUUUUUGGAUUUCAUUUUGUGUUAUUCAUGUGAAAAAAAAGGCGAAGUUGUAUAUGUCAUCCGUUUUUCAUUUUUAAUAACCAAGAAGAGAGGAGUGUAAAAUAAUGAAGUUGAUAUCGUGACAUCAGUUUCAUAUAGCAUAUUAAAUGUAUAUUAAAAUGUUGUUAUUCAUACUUUUGUUAGAUAGCAGCAUUGAAACUGUUAUGAGAAUAAAAUCAUGUAUUAUCUGUUUGCUAGAAACACAGAGAUGUGUGUGUGAAAUAAUUUUGACUAUUGUACUAGUUUCAUGUUCUGGGUUACCUGUGUACUAGUUAUAUAGAGAUUAAUCAAAUAAUAAUGUGCCUUCAGUUUCAUAUUUUUUAUUGUGUGCUAGUAACACAGAAUAAAAUGUGAAAUAACACUGAUUAGAUCCUGUCGUUCAUUUUGUAUUCUGUAUGGAAAUAAUAUUGAUGAUAACAUGUCAUCACUUUCAUAUUCCCUAUUAUAUGUGUACUAGUAACACAAAACCAGUUUCAAAAGGUUAUGUUUAUAUUGUGCUUGGAGGUUUUGCUCAUUCUACCCUUUUGAAAGCAACAAGUGACUGGAGUAAGAGGAUCAUGUUGAUAGUGUAUACUUCGGAUGUAUUUACUGUGUUAUCUGUAUACUGAUACAGUAGGGAUUAGUUAUUUGUGUGAGAAUAACAGGUUAUACAAUAAAAGUGAAUAGAACAAGAAGGGUUAUUAUGAACAGUAGGUGUUAAAUAAACUAUAUUUUAACUAUUGUCAAUAUUGGUGAAAUUUAGAAGAAUAAGACAACAUACUUGUUUUCAUUAUUAGUAUAUCAUCUUGUAUUUAUAUAAUUAAACAUAUUAAAGUCUGACAAUAUUCAAA